AUGAAAGAUGCAACAAUAGCACCAACUUAUGCUCGCUUCGACUACAUAGUCAUCGGAGGAGGAACCUCCGGUUGUGCUUUAGCCGCAACGCUCUCUCAAACCGCCAGUGUUUUACUUCUCGAACGUGGCGACUCUCCUUAUGACGAUCCAACGGCGACGGACCUGGGCAACACCAUACCAAGUUCGUGGUCACAACCUUUCACCUCCACGGACGGCGUUGACAACAAACGGACACGUGUCCUCGGUGGCGGCACAGUGAUAAAUGGGGGAUUCUACACACGUGCAGGAGAUGAUUACGUGGCAGAGGCUAAGUUGGAGAUGGAGGAAGUGGAAACUGCUUACGAGUGGAUCGAGAAGAAACUUGUGUCUGAACCACAAGUCAUGGGAUGGCAAUCGGCGUUUAUAAAUGGGCUUUUGGAGGCUGAUGUGGCUCCGUACAACGGUCUUCUUGGUUGCAAACCAGUGUCGACACCAAUCGUUGAGAAUCACAAGCUUGCCUCGGAUGAGAGUUCUUUGUUGUUGGAUCCAAAGAAGUAUCGAAGGUUGGUGGGUCGACUCGUUUACUUGUGCAUUACUCGCCCAGAGCUCUGUUAUGCAAUCCAUUUGUUGUCCCAGUUUAUGAAGGAGCCUCGUGAAGGUCAUUGGGAGGCUGUGUUGCGUGUCGUUCGGUUUAUCAAAGGGUCACCAGGUCACGGUGUUCUUCUGCGUGCAGAUAAUUCUCUACAGUUAAACGUUUUUUGUGAUGCUGAUUUUUCAGCUUGUCCGCUGACUUGUCGUUCGUUGAGUUCGUAUGUCGUCUUUCUUGGUGGUUCGGCCAUUUCAUGGAAAACAAAGAAACAGAGUACAGUUUCUCUUUCUUCAGCAGAGUCUGAAUAUAGAGCAAUGGCGUUUGCUACUAAGGAAAUUAAGUGGAUUGUUCAGCUCAUGGAAGAUCUUGGCGUCUUGGUUACCAAACCGAUUCCCCUUUAUUGUGACAACAAAGCUGCUAUUCACAUUGCAGCAAAUCCUGUUUUCCAUGAGAGGACGAAACAUAUUGAGCGGGAUUGCCAUUUUGUUCGUGACGCGGUGCGUGAUGGCUUAAUCUCAACAACCCAUGUGGGUACAGCCGAGCAGAGGGCAGAUAUUCUUACAAAGGCUCUCGGGAAGCCUCAGUUUCAAGUGUUAUUGUCCAAGUUGGGUGUUUAUUAG